UCUCAAAGGAAAACACAUUGUGGUCGACUCUCAAAGAAUCCGCGGCAUUACAUUGCGCGGACGCAUUGGGCGCGCGUGUGCAAACAAACAAACAAACAUACUUGGAAUAGUGAUGUGACACGUCAUAAUGUCCAGUGAGAGUUCUGUAGCGACCGACACCAGUUCCAGGAUCAGACAGUUCGGAUUGUACAGGACCAUCGACGCUAGGACCGAGGAGUUCCUGAAGCUGUCCAGGAAAAGGCAGAUAAGGCAAGGAUGCGCCUGCGCAGUAGUCUCGACGGCGAUCACUGUUGCCAUCAUAGUGGUAAUUCUACUAAUCUACGAGUACGCGAUUGCAGUAGAAUGGAGCUUAGUACAAAACAGAAAAUCACACAGAAGAAGUAAUAAUACAAUAAUAGUAAAUGACACGCCUGUUGCUGACAGACUGGACCGAAGCUACUUCGGUUUUGACCAAGAUUAUUAUGAACGAAUGCCACUCCUUGUCAAUGCUAUGCAAGAGAAUAGCUACAUAGAUCCUUCCAUAGACAUACCAAUGCAAAAGAGAGGAAAAUAUAUCGAUAUAAGUCAUACGAAUCCGAUUAUAACGACUAACGAACCAAAACAUACAAAUUCUAUUAGAAGAACGAGCCCAAGGCCAUUUAUAUACGAACAAAGAAGUCCUACACCGGUACCUUUCAGUAAAACGUUUAGAUCAAAAAGUUGGAUUGAAAGUUAUCGAAAUGCUGAAAGACUGAAGAAUAUACAACAAAUUAUAAGAUACUUAGAGAAAACAAUAAAUGCAAAAGCAGGUGAUAUGCAUGGGCUUCCACCUAGCACGCAUAUAGCUUUUUCUGGUGUUUAUGUUGAACCCUAUAAUCAUAAUGAAAAUAAGGGAUUUGAUGAAUCGUCUUCUAUUGAUUUAUUAUUAGAAAGUUCCAACAAUGUAGAAACUAUAAAAUCGAGUCAACAAUCUGAUCCAUUAUUCAAAUACAAGCCAGACAGACCUGGGGAUGUUAAUUUGUUAGCUGACAGUUACUUACGUUUCAUACCAACAACAGCACCGAAAUCAUUAUAUAAUAGAGAAUACGCAAAAGUUCCUAUGUUUAGACCAAUUCCAGUUCCCAGUCAAAAGAAACCUUUCGAUUUACUGCAAGCUUCUUCCGUAAAUAACAAUCUUAAUAAUAAAUCCAUAAAUAAAGCAAAGACGUUUAGUGUAAUGUUAAAUUUGUAUCCUUUAAUACCUUCUUUAGACCCUAAAGCCAAAAUUAAUAAUAUAGAUUCUGUUAAAACAGAGAAAUCUACACCCAAUAAUAUUUAUUUUACUACCUCACGGCCAUUAUUUCGAAGAAAAUCUGCUAUUCGACGAACUUCAGUCUCCAAUAAAAGACCACGUAUGUUUAAUGACUACAAAAAACUUAAAUAUAAAGAUGUUAUGUUCAACUCUAAAGAUAAAACUACUGAUAACAAUGACCCCGAAAAGAACGCUAAUAUGAUUGUUAAAGUCAAUAUUUAUCAUGCUGAUAAAGCACCUAAGUUAUUUGAAAAGCAAGAAAAUGAUACACAAACUAAUACUAAAGCACUAAACUUAAAUAACACCGUUCAAAGAAAUUUUGCUCCUGUCACUGACAUGCCUAUGCAGUUAUCAACAACUCAAGUUGAAGAUCAUCAUCUUGGUAGUUCAGGUAUUAUACCAGUGGAAAAUAGGUCAGUACCAUCGCCUGUACUACCAAUAGUUACAACUAUGAUUCCAUUUUUUGAUAUCACACCAGCUUCAACAAAUACAUGGCCUACAAAUUCUCCGGAAAUUUUAAAAUUUAGCCCUGAGGAUGCUAAAAUUCCCGACCAAUACAUAAAUAUUAAAACAAAUUAUAAUCCCCAUAGUAAUAUAUUUAAAAUUGGCAGACGUAGUUUUAGUGAAAAUAUUGCUUCAAACGAAAAAAAAUCGGAAACAAGGACACUGAUUAUUAAACUUAAAAAUGAUUCGGAGAAUGUAACUGAAGAAAACACUACACAAAACAAAAUAAAAGAAGAAACGACCACGGAGCUUUCUAAUGAUACUACCACGAAAGAAAAUCAAAUUAAACAUAUAAAUGGCCAUUACCGAAGUAAAUUUAUUACUAAACAAUGGUUAGAUCCAAAUUCCGAAGCGAACAGAAAAAGAAGACUUCAGUUAUUCGCUAAAGGCUUUCGUCGACCAAAUUCUAAUUCAAGUUAUAUAGAAAUCGAUAGAAGUAAUAAUAAUUCACAUGAAAGUAAUUUAAAAGAUACAACUUCAAAAUAAAAUUUAUAUUAUUUUCACUUCAAUAAUUUAUUUUUUUAUUUUUUAGUGAC